GUUCGAAAUGUGACACAUACACAUCGAUUGCUGUUAUCGGAAUUUGUGAUCGUUCUACCACUAAAGCAAUUAACUUUCGGACAAAGCAAAUGGAAAAUAAAAUAAGUAGCAAAAUUGUUUUGAUUCCAACUAAUUAACCUCUUUUUUUUUUACUAUAUAAAGAGAAGAAAGCAGGGUAGAUGAACAAAGAUUGGCUAAAAUAAGGUAGAGGGUUGUUGUGAGGUGAAACGGGAAAUCCAAUUGGCUAAAAACCAAAAAAGUCAAACCUUCCUAAAUUUUUGAAACAAAAAAGAAAACUGGGAAAAAAACACCACCAACCAAUAGAAGAGAAGAUGUCAAUACGACUAAGAGACAAAAGGAAUAAAAACAAAGAACCGCUUUAAAUAACUUAUUAAGAAAAAAAAAGUCCAACGGUGGCCGUACGGCAAAAGGGGAGAAAUCAGAAAACUAGGAAGAGAGAAGAGAGAGCGCUUAUCAUAUCAUUAAUCACGGCCAGCUCACCAUUGCGAUUUGAUGAUACGCUCUUCUGUUUAUAUCUCUCUCUCUCUCUCUCUCUCUCUCUCUCUCUCUCUCUAAUUAACAGCACCCACCCACCCAACUGAUCAUUCAAAUCUCUUUCUCUUUCUCUCUGGUUGGUUUCUCUCGACUCUCAAAUCUCACCCUUCAUUUCUUCUUCUUCGUCGUCGUCGUCUCUGCCUCUGGUCUCUGUCUCUGUUACCGUGAAUCUAUUCUGCCCUUUACUAUUAAUUGUUAAAAACUCGAACUUUUUUCUUCUUCUUUUGUUGUAUGGCCCGGUUGUUCUUCCCCUUCCCUUCCCCUAGUCCUCUGUUGUAAGGGAAGGAAGGAAAUUCUGAGAUACUCGCCCCUCGCUUCUCCCUUCUCCUUGGGGAAUUUCUCGCCUUUGAAUGGUGGGUGUAACGACCUUGGAAUCACAGAGCUAGCCGUCAAGGGUGUUUUAGGUCGCCUCUGAAAGGUAAAAAUGGAUGCUCUGUUUUUCGGACUUUCAGAUUCAGGGGUUCCUCCAUUUUCAUUAUGUGCUCUUUGAAUUCGGCAAGUUUCAUGAAGUGUGGGGGUUGGAAUUUUGUGAUGUUGCGUUGGAAUCUUUUGAUUGCGUAUAUAAUAAUGCCACUGGAUUUGAUAUUGUGUAUCUUUUUCUCUGCAAAUUAAUCAAUACAUUGACUUUUUCUUAAGAAAAAAAGUAAGUGCCAUUGAUUUGUGCACGUGAUAGAUUUUGUUGUGAUUAUGAACGGAGCUUUCAAUUUCAAGGUCUAAUUUGUUUUCCUUUACAUAAAGUUUAGUUUUUUUAUUUUUAUGAACAUAAAGUGUUUCUAUGUAUGAAGAAUUGAUGUGACUUUAUAAAAAAACGUUGAUUUGUUGCUUUCUCUGUAGUGGAAUUGAUCAACGGUGUCUGCAUCCUCCUUCGCGAAUUGCCUGCAUCUGCAGUUUGCUACCAUCUUUGGAUUCUGAUCCGAAAAGGAAUCGUUCUUUCUGGUGGGUUUGUUGGAGGAGAAUUAUGUAAGUUAUGGUUUCAACUGGGCUAAAGAGAAUUGUUUCAAGCUGCUGGAAGCCUGCGGUGGACGGAGAAUCUGUUAAUUGCAGAGCUGGAGACCCGGCCACUGGACGUGCUGAUGGAUUGUUGUGGUACAAAGAUGUUGGACGACAUGUGAAUGGUGAAUUCUCCAUGGCUGUGAUUCAAGCUAACAAUCUACUCGAAGACCAGAGCCAGCUUGAAUCUGGGCCCUUGAGUUCACUUGAAUCGGGGCCUCAGGGUACCUUUGUGGGAGUUUAUGAUGGCCAUGGAGGUCCAGAAGCUGCCCGAUUUGUCAAUGAGCGCCUCUUUGAGAAUAUCAAGAAAUUUACAUCGGAGAGUUAUGAAAUGUCUAGUGAUGUGAUCACCAGAGCAUUCUUGGCCACAGACGAGGAGUUCCUUGGCCUAGUGAAGAACCAAUGGCUAGACAAGCCACAAAUUGCUUCUGUGGGAGCAUGUUGUUUAGUAGGGGUAGUAUGUAGUGGACUGCUAUACAUUGCCAAUGCAGGAGAUUCUCGGGUGGUAUUAGGAAGGCUUGAAAAGACCAUGAAGCAACAGGAAGAAGUUAAGGCGAUUCAGUUAUCGUAUGAACACAAUGCCAGCGUCGAAUCUGUGAGAGAGGAGUUGCAACAAUUGCACCCCGAUGAUCCUCAGAUUGUGGUACUGAAACACAAAGUUUGGCGCGUCAAGGGGCUAAUCCAGGUAUCAAGAUCGCUAGGAGACGCCUACCUAAAAAGAUCAGAGUUCAACCGUGAACCUCUAUUAGCGAAGUUUAGAUUGCCUCGACCAUUUGAAAACCCAAUCUUGCUAGCAGAGCCAACAAUCAAAGUGCAGAAACUAACUCCUGAGGAUCAGUUUCUGAUAUUUGCAUCAGAUGGCUUGUGGGAGCACCUGACCAAUCAAGAGGCAGUUGACAUUGUUCAUACUUGUCCUCGUAAUGGUGUAGCGAGGAAGCUCUUAAAGGCUGCACUCCAAGAAGCAGCAAAAAAGAGGGAGAUGAGAUACUCGGACUUGAAAAAAAUCGACCGUGGCGUGAGGAGACAUUUUCACGAUGACAUUACAAUUGUAGUUUUGUUUUUGGAUUCCGAUACCAUAAGUCGCAGCAUGUCCGGAAGUCCAAGUGUUUCAGUAAGAGGAGGAGGAGGUGUGCCAACUUGGACAUAGCUCCACCAACGUUUAGUUUCUCGGAAUUCAACUACCAUGUUCAAUGUCCCUUGAUGUAAGCAUAUGAUCACGUCACCAAUUCACAUCGGUGGAUGCAUGCCAUGACAAUUAUGUAUAAAAUUAUCAUCACUAACAUCCGAUAUUCGUGAAUUGUACGGUCUAAACACAUGCUUAUACCGGGGAUUGUAAGCUGGCUAGCCAGAUUGAAUAUCCGUCUAAGGCUAGGGGUUGAGAUGGGGAGAUGGGAAGAACCAAGAGGGGUAUUAUUGAGCAAUAUGGCAUUUGGAGUAUAAAAAAGAGAACCCAUUUUGUGCAAUUUUCCUCCCCUUUUUUUUACCAGGAGAUGAGGGAGUUGCAAAGAAAGAUUCAUUAUUGUUUCUUUCUUAGUUUCCCUCCCAUUCUAUAGCCAAACCUACUUAAAGGACAAAGAAAAUUCAGGGAAAAUAGGAGGGGGAAUAAGUUCAGUUCUGUUCAGUUCAUCAGUGGGCUAGCACAUAUGAAUAUUAUGUUGUAUAAGUAGCUCUAUUCGUUAUGCAAAUUUCAAAUCAUAGUUAGCACCAUAAAAUAUCAUUUCGUUAAUUUGUCUUAUCCAAUUUGGCAAUUUGUGUUACAGUUUCAUAGCAAGAGUUGAAGGGAGCAUAUUUUCACUAAAAACAAAAGGAAGGGUGCAAACUUUUACACAGAAGCGCUGAAUACUAAACAACUGCAUGUUUUAGGUGAAUCUUGAUAUUUCUACGUCUGUUGUUCUGAAACGAGGAAAGCAUUAACGAAGCAGCUCAGAAAAUGGCUACAUUUACCCUGAAUGGUUCCUCUGCAUCUAUCCUUAAUUGCCAAAACAAAGGACCAUAUCGAGGGAAGAGAAAGAAAGGUUGCAGAUCCAUGUCUCUAUAUAAAAUGGUAAUGAGCACACAAUAAGAACACCUCUUAGCAAGGCAAAUCACCCUAUUCAGCCAAGUCAGAACAUAUCCAUAGGUUACAAGGAAAAACUGCCCACCUUAUCAGCUACAGGAUCCAAAAAUGCACCGAAGGUGGACACUGACCUCAUCUGAAAGAGAAAAAUGCAUUUUAACUUCCUACAAUAUAAAACCUCUGGAAAACUUAUCAGCAAUAGCCCACAUCUCAAUGUCAUCCUCCUUUAAUCACAAAAAAACUCCAUUAUAGUAUUCCUACUUAUACAUACUCUCCUCAGUCCCUUACCUCUUCAUUGCCCACCUUGGUUUUCUGUGUACCGCUUAAUGUACAUGUACUGUACUCCUCAAUCAAGUGACCAUAAUCAG